AUGCCCCGUUUGGAAGAGUGGGAAAUCAAAAAGUACUGGGAAAUCUUCCAGGGGCUCAAACCCGAAAACAACAAGCUCACGGGUGAUCGUGUCCUGCCUGUUCUUAAGAACUCCCGUCUCAAGGAUGACCAAUUGUCGAAGAUAUGGGAUCUCUCAGAUAUCGAUGCCGAUGGCCGCUUGGACUUUGAAGAGUUCUGUAUCACCAUGCGGUUGAUUUUUGACUUGGUCAAUGGCUCCAUGCUGGAGUUGCCGCUGGAGCUACCAGGCUGGCUUGUCCCUUCCUCCAAGUCUCACUUGAUUCAUGCCAACAAGGCUGUCGCAACAGGCUCUACGGGCAAUUCAUACGACGGCGACGAUGACGAUUUGUUGUCGAACGACUUUGACUGGUACAUAUCGCCUACCGACAAAGGCACGUACGAAACGAUCUACAACUCGAACAGUGACUCAUAUGGCCGUGUGCGUUUCGAUUCGCUUGAAGGCUUGUACCUGACACUUUCUAAGGUCCCACGCUCAGACAUCUCUUCGGCCUGGAACUUGGUCAACCCAAAGCUGUUCGAAACAAUUGACAAAGAUCAGGUCUUGGUUUUUCUCCACAUAUUAAACCAGCGUGAGAAUGGAAAGCGUGUCCCAAGAGGUGUACCAGCAUCCUUGAGAGCUACAUUCUCCAAGGAGGUGCCCUCAUAUGAUUUGAGUGCAGCAGCAGCUUCAACUCCCGCCAAAAAUAUCAGCCAGCCUAAGGCCAAUGACAAAAAGCUGUUUGGCAUGAGCUAUCUUAAUAAAAUCGGUCAGGGCAACAAUGCCGACCGCGAGAAGGGAACUGAUUUCUCUGCAACCGAAGGUACCGAUUGGGAAGAAGUCCGCUUACGCCGAGAAUUGACUAACUUGGAAGACCUUUUGGAGAAGGCUAAGCAGGAGCUGAACAACAAGAGCGACAGCGGCAAUAGCGAUCUGGCAUUGCUAAAACACGAGUUUGAACAGCUACUCAAAUACAAACAGGGCAAACUCUCAGCAGCCGAAAACGUGCCCAACACCGACAAGGACUUGACCGACGUGAAGAACGAUAUAGAGUUGAUUGGGUCUCAGGUGCAAGUGCUUGAAGAGUUCCUCGCAGGCAAAGAGAAGGAGCUAGCACAACUUCAGCAGGAGCUUCUGACGGUAUAA